GAACUAGUGGAGAAUGUCAGGACGUGGAAAGCAAGGCGGAAAGACCCGAGCCAAGGCGAAGACCCGCUCAUCCCGUGCCGGCCUCCAGUUUCCUGUUGGUCGUGUGCACAGGCUUCUUCGCAAGGGGAAUUACGCUGAGAGAGUGGGCGCUGGAGCUCCCGUCUAUCUGGCGGCUGUACUGGAAUACCUGACGGCUGAGAUUCUGGAGCUGGCUGGGAACGCUGCUCGGGACAACAAGAAAACCCGCAUCAUCCCCCGCCAUCUGCAGCUGGCCGUGCGCAACGACGAGGAGCUCAACAAGCUGCUGGGUGGCGUGACCAUCGCCCAAGGGGGUGUGCUCCCGAACAUCCAGGCCGUGCUGCUGCCGAAGAAGAGCUCCGGCUCUGCGCCCGUGUCAGGAAAGGGUGGCAAGAAGAGCUCUCAGCAGUCUCAGGAGUACUAGGCUCCUUGAACCAAGGUUCACCCAAAGGCCCUUUUCAGGGCCACCCACAUGUAUAACAGAGCUGUUCUACUAGCGAUCCUUAAUUGUCCUGGAACUCCAAGGUUGUAGCCGUACUGUGCGCGGGAAAGUCUGUAGUCGGCUAUCUUACAUCUCCAAACCACGCAGUGAUGAGAUGCAGCAUUGAGUAAUCUAUAGACGGGCAGUAUCUAAUCUCCGUGCUAGCAUUGUAGGGUCACGUGGCUAUAAAGCAACCAGUUAGUGGUUAAUUGGGCUCCAUUCACAGAAUCGAAUCUUCGGUGCUUCGAUUCACUCGCUGAGUCGGCACUUGGGCUGAGUGUCUGAGGAAGUGAACGGAAGCAGACAGGACUCGGGAGCCAUGCUGUGCAAUGCUUUGUCACCCACUGUGAAAACUAACACUGGCUGAUCAUAAAAUAGUAGACAUCACACAGGACAAUAAUACUGUGCAAUUUGUGCAUGAUUUUCUAAUAAAUCGCCUGUCCCUUAAUCUUAUCACUGCUGCAACAAAAGCAUUAGCCUAAGUGUAUUCUAGUGACUCACGAUUAACUCAAAGAAUCGACUGAGUCUAUAACUAAGGAUCUUUAGAUUCUUUUAAAGGGUUUCUACCACCAGAAAUACCGUUAUGUAGCUGACUGAUAUAGCGUUGCGCUAAUGUCAGCGCUACAUAACAGUGUUUUUUACCUUUCUCCCUGAGGCCGUUUUGGUAAAAAAAAAGCU